AUGAGCGAGUCUUUCGUGCCUCUUGAGCUGGAGGUAGCGAUCGUUCAAUGCUUGGAUGCCGGCAUCAUCCAUGAGAACACUCGCGACAUUCUCCUGGAGAAGAAACUUGAGGCAAGGAAAGUAGAAAAACAUGUGGAAGACGAGGUUGAGGAGAGGAAGAGGAAGAUUGCGAGAUCGAUACAUCCGGACUUGAUCAGAGCUGACUAUGAAGGAGAAUAUAGCAAGAAGAACAUCGCAGCGUUGAUCGCAAACCAAGAUGAGAUCCUUGUGCCAGAGAUCGAGGACGAUGCUGGUCCUGGGGCUGCCUUGGAAGACGAUAGCCUUGCUAUUCAUGUCGACAGGAAGCUUCUGCUGCAGGACGACGAGCAGGAUGGAGCGAUCUAG